ACAGUUCGGCACCAGUACAUGAACAAAAGUCAAACGAGUUAUACGAGUGAGAGGAGUUAUAAAACAAACAACACAAUGCCAGCAAUCGGUAUUGAUUUGGGAACCACAUACUCCUGUGUGGGUGUGUGGCAACAAGGAAAAGUGGAAAUCAUCGCCAACGACCAGGGCAACAGAACAACACCAUCAUACGUUGCCUUCACCGACACCGAGAGGUUAAUCGGCGAUGCAGCCAAGAAUCAAGUGGCGAUGAAUCCAGCUAACACUGUUUUCGACGCCAAAAGGUUAAUUGGCCGCAAAUUCGACGACCCCAAAAUCCAGGCGGACAUCAAACACUGGCCGUUCAAAGUGGUCAGCGAGGGAGGAAAGCCAAAGAUUGAGGUGGAGUUCCGCGGCGAGAGGAAGAGGUUCAACCCCGAGGAGAUCAGUUCCAUGGUCUUGACGAAGAUGAAGGAGACAGCUGAGGCAUUUCUCGGGGAAAAGGUACGUGAAGCUGUCAUCACAGUCCCGGCAUACUUCAACGAUUCACAGCGCCAGGCCACUAAGGACGCUGGUGCUAUUGCCGGACUCAACGUACUCAGGAUCAUCAAUGAACCCACAGCAGCGGCACUUGCCUACGGUUUGGAUAAGAACUUGAAAGGUGAGAAGAAUGUCCUCAUAUUUGACCUCGGUGGUGGUACCUUCGAUGUCUCCAUCCUAACCAUCGACGAGGGUUCACUCUUCGAGGUUAAAUCAACGGCCGGUGAUACACACCUGGGUGGCGAAGAUUUCGAUUCACGGCUUGUGGACCAUCUUUCCAAGGAGUUCGAGAGAAAAUACAGGAAGAAUCUCAAGAUCAACUCGAGAGCACUGAGGAGACUACGAACAGCAGCUGAACGAGCCAAGCGUACAUUGUCAUCCAGUACAGAGGCUACCAUUGAGAUUGAUGCACUCUUCGAGGGCAUCGACUUUUACACCAAAAUCUCGAGGGCCAGGUUCGAGGAGUUGUGCGCGGAUCUCUUCAGGUCUACACUUCAACCAGUGGAGAAGGCACUUGGUGAUGCAAAAAUGGAUAAGUCAUCGAUCCACGACGUCGUCCUCGUUGGAGGCUCCACCAGGAUCCCCAAGAUCCAGUCAAUGCUGCAGAACUUUUUCUGUGGUAAACAGCUGAAUCUUUCUAUCAACCCUGACGAGGCAGUGGCGUAUGGUGCAGCAGUGCAGGCAGCUAUUCUAACCGGCGAGGGAAAUAAGAGCUCGACCCUCCAGGAUGUACUUCUGGUGGACGUCGCUCCCUUGUCACUGGGUAUCGAGACAGCAGGGGGUAUGAUGACCAACAUUAUCGAGCGCAAUGCUCGUAUUCCCUGCAAACAAUCUCAGACCUUCACCACUUAUGCUGAUAAUCAGCCUGGCGUUACCAUACAAGUCUAUGAGGGUGAACGUGCUAUGACCAAGGACAACAACUUGCUUGGUCGAUUCGAACUCAGUGGCAUUGCCCCUGCGCCUAGAGGUGUACCCAAGAUCGAUGUCACCUUCGAUCUCGACGCCAACGGUAUCCUUCACGUCACGGCCAAAGACACCGCCAGCGGUCGCAGCAAUGAUGUUCGUAUUACCAACGACAAGGGCAGACUUUCCCGAGACGAGAUCGAUCGCAUGCUGGCUGAGGCUGAGAGAUACCGUGAUCAAGAUCAGCAACAGCGGGAUAAGGUAGCGGCUCGUAAUCAACUCGAGUCCUACGUGUUCUCUGUGAAGCAGGCCGUCGAGGACAGCGGAUCACGUCUGACUCAGGACGAUAAAGACAGGGCCAAGCGACUCUGUGACGACACCAUCCAGUGGUUGGAUAACAACACCCUAGCUGAGAAGGAGGAGUACAGUCACAAGCUGGAUGAGAUCCAGAAGCAGUGCUCACCCAUCAUGACCAAGAUUCAUCAAGGUGGUGUGGGUGGUCAACAAAUGCCUCAGGAUUGUGGAGGCCAGUUCCGCCAGGGCGGCGGCAACAACUACUCCGGACCUACUGUUGAAGAAGUGGAUUAAACAACUGGACUUUCUGUGGACUUCGUAAAUUAACUGAAUGCAACUUUUCGAGACUGAGCAAUACCUCAUACAUUUAUUUAUUCUAUUCCAUUGCUGUGUAUUAACUGGUAGAUUUUCAUCCCCAAACGAGUCAGGUGAUUCAUUUUUUUGUGACAUUUUUUUUAGUUAUGAAAAAAAUAUUCAUUCGUCGAGGCAUUAUAAAUUGCAUUUUAUUGAGUAUAGGGUACAAUUUUUGUGACGCGAUGUGUGAACCUUUUAUCUGACUGAUCAAAAUUAUUGUAAAAAUAUGAAUUACCUGGUGAUUUACCCCCUGUGAUAGAUGAAAAUAAACUCGUUAUUUUAUUUUUUUUUUAUAAAAAAAAAUAUUU